AGUACCCCAUAGUAUUCCCAAGUGUGCUCAAAAUCAAUCAAUGUAGCGAGUUAGGGCGUUAUUAAUGUAUUUUUCGCAAAAUACCGCAUUUUAUUCCGCGAGAAUUUAACCUCACAUUCCGCUGUCAAGUGUGUGUGAGAAAAUGUGAAUUUCUCAGAGAAGACUUUUUCUGCACUGCUUCUGAGACAGAGAAAAAAGUCUCUAUUAUUCAAUGAUAUCAUUCUAUUUUUAGUGUUUGUCUUAUCUAUUGGCAAUAGUUGAGUUCAAUGCAAGUGCUGUGGCAGUGAAAAGGCACGCUGCAGUGAAAAUUCCCGGUGGUCUACUUUUCCUCCAUUCACUCCUCCUCUCGUUCCCGAAAUUGCCUCUCUCACUCUUAUCGUCUCCACACUGCAGACAAUAAAACAAAACUUUUUCAGCGAGAGGCUGGAAAGUGCUUCUCGUGCUGUUUUUUUUUUCAUCUCACAAAGCGUGUGAUAUCAAUAGUGCUUUAAAUACACACAUAGCAAUACUUCCAUUUCGUUUGUUUUGCUGUCCGGAAAGAAUUGAAAGUGUAAAGAGCUUAGAGAGAAAAUGAUCAAUGCAGUGGAUUUGCACGCUUUCUUGGGCAAAAUCGAUGGUGGGAGCACUGCAGUGGACUUACUGAAAAUCGUCCCGAGCCUCGGAGCUAAGUCAAAGCUGAAGAAUGGAAAGCUCCGACUGGCUCUGGACAUGGAGGAUUGCCUGGAUCGAUUCUACGGAGGCUAUUACUCGGACUGGGCUUGUGGUGGACAAUGGAAUCGAGCGUAUCAGUUUGUUCAACUACUUGCAAAUGCAUUUAGUACAGCUCAAAUUGAGAUAAUUGCUUUCUUCGACGGUACACUCAGAGAGAACAAGAGACUUGAGGGCGAGCGCAAUGAUUUUCGCCAGAAGACAAUCUCAGUGCUGAAGCACAUUCGCAUGAUUGGCACUCCACCGCCAAAGAUCUGGUGGCUACCACCGUCCGGACUGAGGACGUGCCUGCGGAACGCCAUGCGCAGCAUCAACAUCCAGGUCAUCCAGACAAUUCACGAUCACACAAUGGAGGUCAUCGAGUACUUCCACGAGCAUCGCCUCGACGGCAUUCUGGGCGUAAAUCCGGACUACAUCAUUGCCAACUGCAGCCGGUACUUCAGCUCUCACGACUUGCGGCUCUCGUACAAGGGAUCGCUGGAGACGAAGGAGUACCACGUGUCGAAGCUGCUGUCGAGUCUCAGUCUCACGGCCGACCAUCUGCCCUUCGUGGCUAUCCUGCUCGGCGGCUACACAGCCAUCGAGGAGGCGCAGCUCAAGAGCAUUCACCAAAAGCUGGGAAUCGAAGUGGCCACUGACUUUGAGGCGAAGAUCCGAAAGAUUGCGGAGAUUGUGAGGAACUCUCCGACAAAUGAUAUCAAUGAGUUUAUCAAGCAUCUGGAUCUGGCCGACUACUCGGCAGCUAUCACAGAAUCUGUUGAGUACUUCCAGCGCAAAGGGAAGUUUAUGACGCGCAAAUAUAUGGGCAAUAAGAAAAAGAUCUCCAUUGAGACAAACGCUAAAACUGCCGAUGGCGAUUCCAUGCCGAUGGCAUCGGAAACGAGCGAAAAUGACGAGGUUGCGAAGAAGAUUUUAAGCGAUGUGAACAACUUAGUGGACGAAAGCGAGUCCUCGUACGCGAACGGAAGUCAGCCCAGCACAAAUGCAAGUAGCACGAAAGUGAGUACUUCCAGUGGUGGACACUUUAUUUACACUCUUCCCGGCGAGGUGCUAAAAACUUCACUGAACCGUCAUCAGCGUGGCAUGAUGGAUUCAAAGAUUUAUCAGCUUCUUACUAAGAAGACCAUAAUAUUGCCACAGGUGCUAGAAGAUGAACAAGGUCGUGAAUCUCCAUCUGUUCACUUGUUCUAUCGUCCUGCUCGUCAAAUGAUCUAUGCCAUUCUGUUCAACUUAUACCACCAAAGAUAUCUGUGUUCAAAGUCAAAUAAGAAUCAAACGAAUGCGUCCGGCGGCAGCAGCAGCAACAGCAGCGGCGGCGGCGGCGGCAGUGGUGGUGGGAGUGCUUCGAAGCCCGACGUGGUGAUAGCCGAGUGGGUAUGGUCGCCGCAGAAUGAGUACAAGAAGCCAGACAUGGUGAAAGCCACCCAAUUGCUAUGGGCUGUUCCCACUGUGCAGCGUCUCUGGUUCGGCAUGGCGUAUGAAGAUAAGCAGCGCCGCAUGAAGGCUUUCCUCACGAUCAUGCGAUCGGACUCUCUGCUGAUGCUCAAUCGCGGCUAUGUGCCGCAGCACAUGCUCGUGAUGGCGUGCGUGUUGAGGUACAUGAUCACGGAUCCCGAGAGGAGCAUGCUGACGCGUCAGGAGCUUGAUGCAUUCCUGGCCACGGCGUUCUCACAACAAAUGAUCAAUGUUGAGUACACACAAGAAUUGGUGCUACCGUGUGUGCAACUCCGUGGUGUCUAUCUGGCGACACUCUUUAUGCAAGGCGUGGAGACUGCUUCGCUGGCCAAUGACGCGUGUGGAAUUCCUCUGCCGUGGCUGAUGACAAAUCCAUGGUUGUUCUUCGAUGGGAAACUCUUUAAUCUCAAACUGAAGAUGUCGAUGCUAGUCCAGAGCCUGCGAGAACUCUGUGAUGAUCAAAUUGAGAUGGUUCUCAAGAUUGAACGGUUCCGCAAGGCCAUUCUGGAGGACGUUGAGCACUAUCUGCUGCCCUCUCAGAUUGAUCACUCUAUGUUCCGACCGGGAUUCCUGCCACAAGCGCCGCCAGCCAACUUGCCGCAGCACUUUAGCAAGGGUCAGCUUCACCAGAUGGCCAACAUUCCACAGGCAUCCGCCGACGCCAGUGGAGCAUACUACUCCUCGGCCGUGGCGGCGACUGGAGGCUCAUAUUACGGAGCACCCAUCACAUCGCGCAUUCUUCCGGGCGCUGGAGUGGAUGCUGGAGCAGCUGGCGCGAUGAGGGGCCGUGGAUCGAGUGGACUCUAUCCGCAGCAACGUGCUGGCGUGUCUUCCGCUCGCAAUGCUGGCAAUCAGAAGGGGUAUCAACUGAAAGUUGGCGGAGUCGUCGUGGGAUCUUGGGCUGCUGGUGGGAAUGGUGGACAUGUGCGUCCUCCUUUGGGCGCACAGAAUCCCGGAAACGGUGCUCCUGGGCGGUCCGUGCGUGUUUCGAGCCGCUCUGGAGCUGGCAUGGCGCGCUAUGGUGUCAACGGCCGGGGCAGUAAGGGAGUCACCGGCGGUCGACUCCAUCGUGCCCAAGUGACGGUGCCUCAUCACCAAAGCGUGACCGGACGCGCAGCUGCCGGAUAUGCGUACGGGAGCAAGGUGGCGCGCAAUAAGAGUCGCAAGACCAAAAAGGAGAAGAAAUCUGCCAAGUCUGGUCGCACGGAGGACACUGUGGCCGGGACCAGCAAUGGGAGGACCAAUGAGGCUGUCGCGGAGGACGAAGUGUCUGGAUUGGCCACGGAGUUGGGCAAAGUGACUCUGGUGGCGUCCACCGUAGAGCUGCAGAAUGGUACCACUGUGCUGGCGUCUGACCUGGCCAAUUCGAUGUGUGACGAGAUUCUGAAGGAGGAGGAGAGUGAGCAGAAGAAGCAAGCCGAGGGCGAUGGCAGUGCCUCAGCUGAAUCUGACGCCAAAGCCGCAUCAGAGAGUUCAGCAGCAGGGAUUGAAGAAGCGGAGGAGAAGGUGUCGUCCACCAUUAGUGAUGAUGUGAAGUUGAAAGGCAGUCAAGUGAAAGGUGAAAUUGAGAACAAACCAGAGGAGAAUGGCUCUGCAACUUCCGUUGGGCAGAAGGGACAAGAAGAUGUGCCUGUUAUGAAUUAGAACUGAUGGAAAAUGGAACAUUUUCAUUUUACAAAAGUGCAUCUACUUUAUAUACAACAAUAAUUGUAAGAAAAAAAAAUGUGCAGUUAUGUGUAUUUGAGGACGUUUUUUGUAGGUGGUUUAUACAAAUAAGAAUUUACAUUUUUUUGUUCCACACAACCCCAUUUUUCCUUUUAUUUUCUUGUGAAUCAUAGAUACAAACUGAAAGCAUAAAAUAUACAUACAUAGGAUUUAAUUAAGAUAAAAUAUGAUCGCGAAAAUGAUUACAAAUGAAGAAGGUUAAGAAGGAAUCAGUCAGUUUUGAUUUCCAUUCAUACUUUUGGCUUUUGAAAUUCACAAUAUAAAUUAUGGUUUUGUUGUUUGUAGCCUUUGUAGCUCUAUAAGAAAAGUUCUAUUUUAAUAAUUUACACAUUGAGAAAGUAAUAAUUUGCUAUAUAUUGUCUAAUUAUCAUGAAUUUUACAUAAUACAUUUUAAGGGAAUACAUAUUGAAAUCGAUUAGCGAUCGGCGCUUAUAAAUCGAGUGAAAGAAAUAUAUAAGCUGUUUGAAUUUUUACUGGAUUAGGACUUUGGAUGUGCAACAAUUUGUAUUUGAUUAGCAUAAACAUUACAUAUAUUCUAAAAUUGGUGUUGUAAACGAUUUAUAAGGGGACUUUUCGAGUUGUUUGCACGUCCACUGCCAGUCUCUGUGACGAAUGAUUUUUAACCCGAUUCUUUUGUCAUGAAUUUUUACCAUAACUCCCGAUUUUGACCAAUAACAAUAUGAAAAAAAAUGCAAUGAAGAAUGGAGAGAAGAGUCAGGAUUGGACACAAUUGCAUGGAAAUUGUGGACGCACGGUGGAUGCAGGGAAGAAGGAGAAUGAGGGAAAUACUAAAGUAUUAUUGAGAGACGAGAGAGAGAGAGAAAGAGAGAGAGCAUGGGAAUGCAAUCUAUAAAUGGACAGGGUGUAAUGCUGAAGCAUUCACAUGUGGAAAAGGAAGUUUACACAUGCCUGAGGUUUAUUUAUAUGUGCUAUUGUAAAUAAAAUGUAACCUAAAACGUAAGACGAGAAGAUGAUGAAGGUUGGCAAGAUGAACGUAUAAUCAAAAGAGAGCGGUUUAAACCACAAUGAUCUUACACUUGAAAUGACGGAAGGAUGAUGGCGCAUGAGUGGAGAUGGAGAAGAAAUGCUGUUGCGCGCCUAGAACUCGAGUGGCUGGCGUGAGAGAAGCAUUUUAAGACGUGAUAGAAUUUUAAUGAUAAAAUACCGACUGUUAGUUUUUUAAAUAUUACUAUAUGUACAAUACAAUAGUAUUUAAAAAAUAUUGCGCAGGGUUUUAAAUACCAAUCGAAAAACACUCGUGACGCCCGACGCAGUCACGAAGGUGAGACGAAGAAAAAGAUAUUGCUGAGCAUGCAAACGACGAUCUUUCAAAGAGACGAUCACGUGCUGUAGAAAUGAAGGAGAGAAAAGAAGUGAAAAUUGUUUAAAACCCUCAGAAUUAUACAGUCAGGUCUGUGAUGUGCACUCCUAUGAAUAUAUUUUUAUAUAUUUGUUACAAUUGUUAUCACAAAUUGGUGAAAAAUAUUACAUUAAAUGUACACCGAGAUAAAUGCGGAAAGUAUAUUAGUUGACAUUAUAUACUUACACACGAGAUAUAUAAUGGAGAAAGAGAAAGAGAGAGAGAGAAAAGAGGGAUUCGCCAAAGUGCAAAUUGUUGCCAUUUUCUUCUCUGUUUACAAGAGGAAAAAAUACAUUUAUUGAGGUGACAUUUUUGCAUUUAAAUGAAUGUGAAAGAGACGCAUAAAACUAUUUUUACAUUUGGUGUACAAAUGAUGAUGAGACAACACGAGGCGAGGAAAAGAAGUAUAAAAUAUUCCAUCUAGAUUUUAUACUGGAGAAUAAGAAAAAAAAUAAGAAAUAAAUAAUAACAUCUGCCCAAAUAUACAGUGAAUUUAAAAAUGGAAAAAACGAAAGAAUCACAAAAUAACCCAAAAAUGGAAUGAUACGGAAAUAUUUCACCUGCUUUUGACCACGGAUAAGAAGUGAAAAGUUUUAUGGCAGAAAUUUUUUCAAUGAUGCUAAACUUUGAGAAUGUCACUCGUUUGACGCUCUCCGUGAAAUGACAUGGAAAAAGAAGAAUCUAAAAGAAAAAAAAGCGAAAGAUAAGAUGAAAAACAUUUGUUGAAAAUCAUGAAAAGGAUCGAUUGAUCAAAGCUCAAACAAAAAUGAUGAAAUGGUAUGAAAAAUGCCUUUGAGGAGAUAAUUUUUGCUGAAGAAGAAGGAUUUACUGAAACAAAAGAUGAAAAGAUGAAGUGAGAGAAUCAAUGAUUAUUUUAAAAGAAACAAUCUAUUAUUUCUUCCCCAUAUUUUUUUCUCCUUAAAUAUUUACAACAAUUUUUCUUAAAUGAUAAUUUAGUAUGUGUUUGUGUAUUGAUUUCAUUUUAAUUGUAAUUACUCUUUUAAAAGAAAGCGAAAAGCGAAUAAAUGCUACCCAAUUUAUAUAAUCUAAAGAAUAACGGAAAAAUGCGAAAGAUGAAUUUCUAAUGGAAAAAUGAUACAUAUUCAGAAGAUGAAUUUUGAUGAGAAUAAAAAUAAGAUGAGAAAAAUGAAAGUAGAAUAUUUAGAGAUGAGAAACAUUGCAUAAAAAUGAGUAUAAUAAUAAUGAAAACAGAAAAAAAAAUUAAGAAAAACUGCAAUAUACAAAAGAAACAGUAAACUUUGUGCUAAUAUUGCAACAAAAAAAUUAGUUCUUAACGAUUUAUUGACAUAAACAUAUUUGUUCAAGUAUAAAAGAUCCAAUUACAAAAAGGCCACACUUUCAGUUGGUUCACUUUCUUAAUAACACUAACUUUUAAAAGUUACGAAAAAAAAUGAGAAUUCACAAUAGUAGUUCUAGUAAUUAAAUGAAAAAAAUGAGAGACACAUAAUUAAAAAAAAGUGCGAUGAUGGAUUUAAGUAAAGAUAAAAGUGAAAAUUUUCAUGUUAUAUUUCCCGAAAGGCAAAAUGCUAAAAAUAACUUUUAACCAAGAAAAUGAAAUAAGAGAGAAAAAAACUCAAUUUUAAUAAUUAAAAGUUUUCAGUAUGGGUAAUGAAGAAGAAGAUGAAGGAGAAAAAACAGUGAAAAUGGUAAGAAGGAAAAAGUAAAGUAAGAUUUGUAAUGUUAAGCAGAUAAAAAGAGAAUUUUGAUGAAGAAAAAAGAAGAAACAGUGAAAAGGAAAUCAUUCGCUUCAAUAUUAUAUAAUUAUAUUAUUCAAGAAACAAGAAAAAUGGAAACUUUAUGUAAUCUUAAAAAUUAUAAUCUUUGCAGACAGAAGGCAUAAGGAUGAGAGGAAAUUUAAAGAAUAUUGAAAUCUAACUAUUAAAGUAAUAAUGGCAAAAAAAAACGUAUAAUCAACUAAUCAAGAAAUUAAACAUAAA